UAUGAUAAUCGCGUAGUCUGCUAUUAAGGGUGGAAGGAACGGGUGGUGUUGACGCGGCUCUUUACCCUUUUUUCAAUCCCUGCCAAGGCGCGUGAAGCCUCGAUCAAAUAUGAAGGAAGGCAAGGUCAACCACCCUUCGCACCAUGCGUACGAAUUCCCCAGUGACGAGGAGGACCGACUGGGAGACCUUUUUAAGCAGUUAGAUGUCAAUGGUGAUGGUAGGAUUGACGUCCACGACCUGUCAGAGGGGCUCAAAAAGCUCAACAUUCCGCAGGUUCCUGGCUAUGCAGAGCUACUGAUUCAACGAGCAGACGUCAAUGAAAGCAAUGACUUAACCCUUGCGGAGUUUGUCAACUAUGUCCAAGAACACGAGAAGCGACUGUUACUCGUCUUCCAUACCCUUGAUGCUAAUAGUGAUGGACGCGUGGACGAGAGAGAGCUGAAGUCAUCCUUCCGGCUAGGGGGAUACAGGGGAGGCGCAGAGACUCCUGAAACGGAUGACAUGAAGGCUAAUCUUUUGUACACGUAUAUCGACAUGCAUUCUGCCCUUCAUGUUAGGAGCGGCAACGAGACUUGUGAUGGUAGCACGAGGAAUGAGAGAGGUGCCUAUGUCCUGUUGCUCGGGUAUGGAUGGCACUCCUCCGUUGGCACCUGCGGGGGUUUCCCUGGUGCACUGCUAAUGGGCUUAUCCCGUUGUUUGCCUGUGCUUCUUUGUUCAGUAGCGCUAAAUGAAUAUGUUAUGUCGUCCCCUCACCUGGCUUUUGAACUUCAGUAG